GCAGAGGGAGCUGGAAGCAGUCCGGAGCUAGCCCGGAAUCGGAUUGGGAAAAUCCGACGAGCGGCAGCUUCCCUCUCUCGCACCUGCGAUGCGCGCCGGCGCCGGCCGAGCGAUCCCUGGCGCACGCAGGUGCAGGGCGCCGAGCUCGGGGCUGCUCCGAGCCUGAUCGCCGCCGCUUCGCAGAGCCGGGGCCCGCGGGAGCUGCUGGCUGGAGCCUGCUUCGUUCCAUCGAUGAGAUUCCAGCCCCCCUUCCCUUUCCCCUCGGAGGCUGGUUCAGUUGCUCAUGACGCGCCUCCCUCGCUGAGUUCGCAGCCCUCCCGCUUCCCCGCUCGCUCAUUCCUGCCUCCCGCUGCAGCCGCCUUGCAUUGGCUCACCCCCACCCCGCGCCGCUUUCCCAGCCAGCCUGAUUCAUUUUUUUCCUCACAGCCGCACGGAGGAAGCAGAAACCCGGCGCGGGGGAGACAGCGCGGCUGUUAGUAUUUUUUUUAACCCCCUUCCUUUCUCGAUCCAUUUUGUAAUUGCUUUUUUUUUUAAUUACAAAAGAGGCCGAGAGCCUUUGAUUCUCCUCGCCAGAUGAACGUCUCCUUGGACAGCUCUUGACUCCGGAUCACUCCAAACAGGGGCUGGACGGUGCUUUUACAGAGAUAAAAUAGCCCAGGACAGCGGCUGGAGUCUGGAAUAAUUAGUAACCAUGACAACAGAGACGGGCCCAGAUUCCGAGGUGAAGAAUGCCCAAGAGGAAACUCCGCAGCAACAGCUAGAGGCAGCAGCAAGUGGGCCGAAUGCAGUGACCAGUAGCUCCAGUCCCACAGCAAACAACCAGGACGCUGACGCUGAUGAGAAGCCAGGAGCCCACAGUGACUCCAAACAUGCAGAACGGGCUGUGGACAUGGAUGAAAAGGACUACAGUGAAGCUGAUGGAAUAUCUGAGAGAACCACCCCCAGCAAGACACAGAAAUCACCUCAGAAGGUCACCAAAAAGCUCAAGAGUGCCAUCUGCAGAGUGACCCUGCUUGAUGCUUCAGAGUAUGAGUGUGAAGUGGAGAAACAUGCCCGGGGCCAAGUGCUCUUUGACUUGGUCUGUGAGCAUCUCAACCUCCUGGAGAAGGAUUAUUUUGGACUCACAUUCUGUGACUCAGACAGUCAGAAGAACUGGUUGGACCCCUCUAAGGAAAUAAAAAAGCAGAUUCGCAGUGGUCCCUGGAACUUUGCUUUCACUGUCAAGUUUUAUCCACCUGACCCUGCCCAGCUCACAGAGGAUAUCACAAGAUACUACCUGUGCUUACAGCUCCGAGCAGACAUCAUCAGCGGGCGGCUGCCGUGUUCCUUUGUCACACACGCUCUGCUAGGCUCCUACGCAGUGCAGGCAGAACUGGGCGACUAUGAUGCUGAGGAGCAUGUGGCCAACUAUGUCAGUGAGCUUCGUUUUGCCCCAAACCAGACCAGGGAACUGGAAGAGCGCAUUAUGGAGCUGCAUAAGACUUACCGGGGCAUGACGCCAGGAGAGGCAGAAAUUCACUUCCUGGAAAAUGCCAAGAAGCUGUCUAUGUAUGGAGUUGACCUGCAUCAUGCCAAGGAUUCAGAAGGCAUUGACAUUAUGCUGGGUGUUUGUGCCAAUGGCCUUCUCAUCUAUAGGGACCGGCUGAGGAUAAACCGUUUUGCCUGGCCCAAGAUCCUCAAGAUUUCAUACAAGAGGAGUAACUUCUACAUCAAAAUUCGACCUGGUGAGUAUGAGCAGUUUGAGAGUACCAUUGGGUUCAAGCUGCCCAAUCAUCGUUCAGCCAAAAGACUUUGGAAAGUUUGCAUUGAGCACCACACAUUCUUCAGGCUGGUGUCCCCGGAGCCUCCUCCAAAAGGCUUCCUGGUAAUGGGCUCCAAGUUCCGCUAUAGCGGGCGAACACAGGCACAAACUCGCCAGGCCAGCGCCCUGAUUGACCGUCCUGCCCCAUACUUUGAGCGUUCCUCCAGCAAACGGUACACCAUGUCUCGCAGCCUUGAUGGAGAAUUUUCCCGCCCAGCUUCAGUCAGCGAGAAUCAUGAUGGAGGAGUGGAAUCAGAGAAGAGAGAUGAAGACAGCAAGUAUGGCAGAAGGACACUUUCCGAGGCUGAGGAUGAUGAAGUGACCACCCCCACAAAAAUCAAAGAACUGAAGUUUUUAGACAAACCAGAAGAUGUUUUGCUAAAGCAUCAGGCCAGCAUCAAUGAGCUGAAGAGGACCCUGAAGGAACCCAACAGCAAACUUGUGCAUAGGGACCGGGAUAGGAGACUGCCUUCCUCGCCUGCUUCUUCCUCACCCAAACAUGAGGAUGAGACACCAAAGGGGACCCCAGAGAAGACGAAUGAGAGAGCGGGAUUGAGGGAGGGCUCAGAGGAGAAAUCUAAGCCCCCACGGCACAGGGCUCCCGAAAGUGACACAGGGGACGAAGACCAAGACCAGGAGAGAGACUCAGUCUUCCUAAAGGACAACCACUUGGCCAUCGAGCGCAAGUGCUCAAGUAUCACUGUCAGUUCAACUUCCAGCCUCGAGGCCGAAGUGGACUUCACAGUCAUUGGUGACUACCACAGUGCAGCCUUUGAUGACUUCUCCCGGAGUUUGCCUGAGCUUGACAAGGAAAAAAGUGAGGGAGAAGCAGAAGGUCAAGUUUCUUCUCAAGAAUCUGACAAAGCGGCUCCCAAGCAGGAAGAUGAUGCCAAGGAUGAUGAUAAAGCUUCCCAUGUAAUUCCAGAAGAGUCAUCAGUUGCAAAAACAGAAAGUCUGAAAAAAGCAGAAGAGACCUCUGUGCACCACAGAAUCACUGCAACGGAAACUACACAGGUUGAUGGAACCACCACAGGCGGAAAAGAGACAAUAACCACUUCCCAUGUUGUUAGCACAGAAACCGUAUCUACGUCUUCAGAUCAUACCACCCCAAGGCCUGGGAAGGGAACAACAGAAUUUCGCUCCAUCUCUCCAAUCACCAGCAGUGCUGUUGGGAAAGAAGCCUUCACCAGCCUAUUUGGGGCCACAGCUGAAACUCUCUCCACCUCCACAACUACCCAUGUUACCAAGACUGUGAAAGGAGGAUUUUCUGAAACGAGAAUAGAAAAGCGAAUCAUCAUAACAGGAGAUGAAGAUGUGGACCAGGAUCAGGCUUUGGCUUUGGCAAUCAAGGAGGCAAAGCUGCAGCAUCCCGACAUGCUGGUAACCAAAGCUGUAGUAUAUCGAGAAACAGAACCAUCCCCAGAGGAGAAGGACAAGAAGCCUCAGGAAUCUUGACCUUUGUGUUUCUAGAAGUUGGCAUCUCUAUUUUAAUUUUGGAGUAAAGAAGGGGCCUUUUAUGCUGGAAUCCUCAAUGAGACGCAGAACGUCCUGGCUGCAAGAAUAAUGCUGAGAGACAAAAAAAUUAAAUAAAAAAGGAAUAGCAAAUAUAUUAUAUAUUAUAUAUACAGGAAACAAAAAUGCAUCCUUGCACUGCUGCUAUAUGCUGGAGAUGAAUUACAAACAGCCAACAUCAGCAACAAAACAAAAACCAACCACCUCUUCAAAAAAAAAUUGAAGAAUUGACUGGACUGUGAUCUUUUAAAAAAAAACCAUGAUGGUAAUAAUAUUAUUAACAAUACAAUAAACCACCGUUCUGCAUGUUACAUUUAAAGGAUACAUAACUCAUUUGUUGCACACUGAAUGGAAAAGCAAAAUUGCUUUGCAACAAAGCAAGAAAUCAACAAGCAAAACCACGAAACAAUUCCCUGCAUAGGAAAGAAUCAAAAACCAUUCACUUGUAUGAUGCUUGUUUAAUUAUUUUCCAAUCUGGGAUGUGUGGUGAUCAUUCUUCCUCCCCAUUUCAUGCCACUUCUAUUGCUUCACCUUUUUGGUUCUGUUCACUUUCCCAACUGGUCAUUUUUUAAAAUCCUUCCUCCCUUCAUCCAAUUCCUUGUUCUGAUAAAAUAAUUGACUGAGUUUCACUUAAAGCAAAGCAAAAUGGUAUGUAUUUGAUUUCUCAUUGAUCAAGAUGCAGCCUGUAGAGGUUUCAUAUGGAUGUGCUUUUAAGUUAUGUAUAUUAUAUAUAACUGGGGAGGGCGGGGAAUGAUAUUAAAACAAAUUAAACAGUGCUGAUAAGUAUGACAAUGACAUUUUCACAUUAUAAUUAUUUGAUUGACCGUGAUUGAUGUAUUACAAGACUCUUAGAUCAUGCUGAUACCCCAUGAAAACAGAGUAGGAAAAAUUCACUAAUUCUCUCUCGGGGGGGGGGGGGCAGUAUUUUUCACACACCUAACCUGUGCUCUUGCAAAAGAGACUGGCAUAGUGACGCAAUAGUGCUUGUAAUUGGUUGGUGAUAAAGGCAGAAUUCAGCAGCAUGGGAAGAUAGAUAAAGACGGAAUGGACGGGUGUUACUGCAGCCAAGUCAAAGCCGGUAAAAUGUGCCAAUUAACAAUGUCUCCUUCAUCCUCCAGCCCCAAGAAAACAAGACCAUGUUAAAGAUAGGGAAUUAGGUUGCUUCAUUCAGAACCUUAUGGGAUCUUAAAGAUUUUGAUCUGUCUGACAUAAACUUUUAGCUGCUGUAGAGCUAUUGUACUCCAUGUGUCAAUUCUUCAAACUUGUUUAAAAAAAAUUAAUUUAGUAAUCCCUCUCAAGCCUAUCGGCUACUCUCUUUAGCUCUGCUUCUGAAAUGAAGUGCUGACUAAGGUUUAAAUCACUCCAAAAGAAAUGGUGAAUGAGGCAUGCUAGCCCACUCCUAGGUUCUACCUGACUGUAUUUUUCCAGGAUAACAUGAAAGUCUGCAGUGAUUAUCCGGUGGGUGGGGAAAUAGUACAAAACAGCAGUGCGUCCUUCUAAAUACAAUCUACCCAUAUGCUUGCAUAGACCAGAACAAGGGUUUAUUAAUGAAGACAAAUGCUACUCUGUCCUUUGAAAGUGCCUCUAAAUUGCAGCAAGCUGUGAAGUUUGAGAGGACAGACCAGCCAAUGUCCUCAGGACGGACACAGUGCUCAGGGGGGUGAGGAGGUCAUCAGAUCGAACUACUAUGAUAUGUUACUGAUGGGUACCUGGCUUUGGACGCUUUUUUUAAGUGGCUGUCUGUGAGUUGUCUACAUCCAUGGCAUGAGAAGGAAAAUUAGAGCAGAUACAGAAUGUAAGGAUGACAAAAUGAAAUGAAUCCAUUUCCAAGUGAACCCUGCUAAUGUUAAAGAUGGGCCCACAAACACUGAACUGUGCUCGUCUUUUAUCUUCCUUUCUCAACACACAUUUGGUACUUGGAAAAGCACAUCUAAUUGGUACCUAUACCUGGGAUCAAAAUAUCAUAGCAUUCCUGAUUGGAAUGCAAGUCACUGGGUUAAGAUGGAUGAUAUCCCAUAUGGUAAGCUAUUUUGCCAUUCUAUUAAGUCCUGGGUCAUUGGUCUUUCCAGUUGCUACUAUGGCUCCCCUAAAACUGAAUCUACUUCUGGCAUGCAGGCAUGUCCCCAUAAGCACUGAGACCCUCAACACAGGCUUUAUGCUGAAAUGCUUCCGGUGGUUCUUCUAGAACCUUCUCUCUCUGAAUUCUAUCUUCUGGCUCUUGUUAACUUUUUUACUUCCUGAUGCUUUUAGGGACCUAUGAAGUAUUCCAGAACUGAAAGGGAGAGAAAUAACACUCAUCUACGUGAAAAAUAUAUAUCAUCCUAGAUACAUUUGUGCUUUCAAUUAAAAAAGAAAUCAAAUUCCAGAGAAUCUUGGUAGCACCAUUAUGUGAGGCAUUACGUCUGCCCACCUUAUGGGAGGCAAGGGAGAUCUCGCAACUUUUUAAAGUUUUGAUUUUGAAAAUAAAAAGCUCAUAACUAGAUGGGACAGAUGAUCCUGCUUAUUCUGAUGUACAUCUGGGUGAGUGCAACUAACAUCAGUGGAGAUGCACUGCUUCAAAACCAAUAGGCUCAGAAUCCAAUCCUGGCAAACAGUGGAAAAAACUAAAACAGACUUGUUUCUUUGGAUUCCUUCCACAGCUUGUCUGAGAUGUGGCCUAUCUAUAGAUAUCUAUAUAUAUACAUAUAUGUAUAAAAUAUUUAUUAUUUGUGGUAGUAUUGAAGCCAGGCAUAAUUUUUAAGAACACAACUUCCUGUCACCUUGAUCAUCGCUACUGCUGCCAUCUGAUCUAGUUGGUCACCCUUUUCUUUCUUUUCUUGGGGCCUUUCCAGUGAAGGGGGUGGUGGAAGAUGCAAGUGCUUAUUUGCACCAAAUCCUGCAAGUUGAUUCCAAAACUGGCCUUGCAAUUGCAUGAAUGAAUGAAUAAUAUUAAUAAUUCUUUUUUAAUUUGAAAAGCACCUUACCAACCAACUGCAAUGCUCUGUCAUUCCUUCACUAAUUUCACUGUCCGCCCCAUUCCUAUUUUUGUCCCCCCCCACCCUCUUCAAUCAUAUCCUCCUUCAGUGCUUGGUGGUGUAUGCGUGUGUGCUCACUGUUCUUGUAUUCAAUAAAAGUGAAAUAAAUGUGUUUGAUGCUCAA